CUCACUGGGUGCGACGACGCCCCGAGCCCGCCAUGAUUGUGGACAGCAGCCGCGACGCGCAGCAGCAGCCCGACGGCGACUGCGGCUCCCUGAGCAGCCCCUUCAACUUGGCUUUUUUCUACGGGACGUCCCCGCACUCCAGCGAGGGCAGUUGCUCGCCCACCCAUUCUUCCGCCCCGGGUUCGCCCGGUUCCGACUCGGAACCAGCCGGCAAUGGCAAAAGCCCCAGGGAUAGCAGCAGCAGUAACAGCAGCGGCAGCAGCAGCAGCAGCCGCACCGGGAGCCAAAGCGGCUCCGAGUGGACCCACAAGAGGCGCUACUCCCGGAGCGGCGCCCGCCAAGCCAGCGAAGUUGAACAACAUAUGGGGGGUGGAAAGCAACAAAGAGGACCUUUCCAAGGUGUUCGUGUGAAAAACUCGGUGAAGGAACUGUUGUUGCACCUAAGAAAUGGCAAACAGAUAUCCUCAGAUCAUGGUGCAGAUGAAUUAAAGGGACCUGGAGGAUUAAUGAACUAUGACCAAUAUACAGAGCUGAAGAACUUACUAACUCAUAGUCGCAAAAGAAAAGCUGAUGAAUCUCUUACUGAUGGGCCUAAUUAUAAAAGAACAGUUACUUUCCAACCUCACCUCCUGACACCACCACAGACACCAACCUCAAUGGAAAACAGUAUGGAAGAUGCCCAUACAAAUGAGCCCAAACAAGAUGGCAGUUGUGAUAUGCUUCAGAACAUUAUCAAUAUUAAGAAUGAAUCAAGUCCAGUUUCUUUGAACACAGUGCAAGUUAGCUGGCUUCACCCAAUGGCUAAUCCCAACUCUCCAGGAGAACCAUAUCAUGACAUGGCUGGAGCACAGACUUUCUCACCUCCUCAAAAAUACCAAGCAUAUCAAACUGGCAGCCCUUCACAAAUGCUGGAACUUGCCCAGAAUUAUCAGUUUUCUCCCUCACAAGCCCAGGAGUUGUCACAGCAGUACUGUCAGAAUUCACUUCUGGAUUACAGGCCACACUCCACAAGCAGCCAGUCCUCUGAAUACCAACAUAAUGUUUUUGACAACCAAGAACUGCAGUAUUGCACUUCUGCAAACUUUGUUUCUCUUUUAAAUGAUUCAGAAGGACCAGAGAGCAUCCCUACCUCCCUUUCUCAGCCACUGCCUGGUGGCCAACAACAGAGUGAUAUUAGCAGCCACUCUCCAAAUUUCAGCCAGAUGCCCAGUAAUUUAUGUAGUAGUCUCGAGGAGCAUGGAUUAUCACUGGUUACUUCAAAUAUGCCGAUGCAGCAUCAGGAAAUCACCAGGGACACAGCACAACCAGGCAAAUCAUUCUUCCAGUGGCAGGUGGAACAGGAAGAAAACAAGCUGGCUAAUAUUUCUCAAGAUCACAUUCUUGCCAAAGACUCCGAUGGUGACACGUUUCUCCAUAUUGCAGUUGCCCAGGGAAGACGGGCAGUUUCGUAUGUGUUGGCAAGAAAGAUGGCAGCCUUGCACAUGCUGGAUAUAAAAGAGCACAAUGGGCAGAGUGCCUUGCAAGUGGCUGUUGUGGCAAAUCAGCAUCUUAUUGUACAGGAUCUGGUCAGCCUUGGAGCACAAGUAAAUACUACAGACUGCUGGGGUAGAACACCAUUGCAUGUAUGUGCAGAGAAAGGCCAUGCACAAGUCCUUCAGGCAAUCCAGAAAGGAGCCAUUGUAAGCAAUCAAUAUGUAGACUUGGAGGCAACUAAUUAUGAUGGUCUGACAGCACUGCACUGUGCAGUAGUGGCCCAUAAUGCUGUGGUGCACGACCUACAGAGCCAACAAUCUCCCCACACUCCUGAAGUCCAGGAACUAAGGUUGAAAAGCAAGAGGUUGGCAGACACAAUCAAAUUUCUAAUCCAGUUGGGGUCUUCUGUUGAAGCCAGAGAUCGUAAAAGUGGCCGUUCAGCCCUUCAUUUGGCUGCGGAAGAAGCAAACGUUGAACUCCUUCGUCUGUUUUUAGAGCUACCCACUUGCCUUUCUUUUAUCAAUGCCAAGGCUUACAACGGCAAUACAGCACUCCAUGUAGCUGCCAGUUUGCAGCAUCGGGUGACUCAGCUGGAUGCAGUUCGUUUGUUGAUGCGGAAGGGGGCUGAUCCAAGUGCCAGAAACUUGGAAAAUGAACAGCCAGUUCACCUGGUUCCGGAUGGUCCAGUCGGAGUUGAGAUAAGACGGAUCUUAAAAGGAAAGACAGUCCAACAGAGAUCACCGAUCUAUUAAGCUCCAUGAGUACUGAUGUUCUACACUCGCUGUCAGUAAGGCAGCCCUGAUGUAACUGUAAAUAGACCAUUUGUCCUGAUGAGACAAAUGUUAGUUGUUUCUAGGAAACAAGAAUAUAUGGUUCACUAUUAUAUAGUGGAUUUAUGACAGUUCUUCUGAUCAGCUGGUAAUAUUUCGUACCCAGGUAUUCUGACUCAGCCUGAAUAACUGACCUGGACUGCAAUACCUGUAUAUUUCUGCCUAGGGAGUAAGCUCCACCCAGUGUGGGUUAUUUCGUAGUAGAUUUGUAUAGGUUUGUGUGUUGCUGACUUCCAACAGCAGCACAACAAGAAUCAAGCGGAAAAAUAGUAUUUUUAAGGCCAAACUUAAAAUACUUUAGGGCUUUUGUUUAUUAUAUGAAACAUAAAUGUAUUAAGACUUAUGUAAUAUUUUAUUAGAAAAAAUUAUAGGAACUGUUUUGUUGUCUUACGUGGUUAUUAUGAUCUUAUUUUUGAGCUGCAAUAACUUGUUAAGUCUGAUAAAGGACAUAGUAAUUUUAAGCUUCUAAACUUGAGAAUUCUGUGUAGAAUUCACUUAAGUUUUUAUGAACAUUUGAAAGUGUUUAUAUAUUUGUGUUGAAGGAGUUGAUUUGUGUGGGGCAUGUUUAAGGAAGUAGUUUCCAUCCACAGUUUGACUUAUGGAUACCCAUAAGAAUCAUAUUGGACUGGUGUUUUACUCUUUUAAAAUUAUACAAGUCAUCCUCUUUAUGUUUGAUUGUAAUAAUGUUGUAUGUUUCCAAAAACUAUUUGUCUUCUAUUUGGCAUGGUUUUGAGUUCUCAGUUUAGCAGUGAACUUUAGAAGUAGCUGGACAAAACAGUUCUAACCCCCAGAUGUAGCUUCCUGGAGUGGUUUUAGAGUAGGUGAAGAUGCUUCCCUGCUACAAAAAAUGCUACUCCUGUAUCUCUGAUAGCGUGAGGUUUCCAUUUUCCAGAGGUCCUGCAAUAAAGCAUUCUGAAGUUGGGUUUGAAGUGGCUUUUGUUUCCACAGAUCUAAAUUCAAUCUGUUUCCCAAGGGAACUUUCAGGAUUGGCCUUGUCACCUGUAUCAGGAUUAGGCCAUUCGCCUAUGUUUCCCUUCCUUCUGUAGCGCGUGCGCGCGCGCGCGCACACACACACACACACACAGAGAGAGAGAGAGAGAGACGGGUAGCCCCCACCUCCAACUUUCUGUCUUAGUUCGUAUGAACCAACAGAGGUUAGGAUGAGUUAAAUCUGCUUUCAUGUCCCCACCCCCAGUGUCGAUAACACUGUUCAGUUGUCUCUUUAUCUGUGUAUUUAAGAUGAGAGAUUAAGCAUUUCCUUAAUAUGCUCAUAGAUGCAUUUGCAGAUGACUCCAAAAGAUUCAUGUAGUAAAAAACCGAAGUAACUUCUUAAUAUUCCAGCUAGUAACUAUCAUUGCCAUGUGGAACUUCAGAUUUCAAAGGGGAUUGUGGCCUCUUUGAGGCAUCUGUGUACGGGAUAUUGUACAAGAGAGUAAAACCUAGCAAACCUCUCUUCUUAUGUUCUUAUGCUGAAUUUAAUUCUCUGUUCAUGAAUUGAGAAGACUACUUUUAGGGUGUUGGAUACAUUUAGUUCUAUAAUUGUCUUACCUUAUAGGUAUAAUACUAGUCAACAAGUAUUAAUGUUUUAAGUAAGUCAAUAAUUGAGGGAUGGCAAGGAUCUGUAUUUGUGCUUUAAGGAUUGUAUAUAUUAAUUGCUCUUCAAAUGAUACUGUUUGGUUUUAAUUGUGAUCCUAUUAUAGAUUUAUCUGUUUCAUGAGUGACUAUCCUGCAUUGUAUAAUAUUUUCCAUGGCUAAUCUGAUCAUAUUGUUUGACCAAGUAUGUCUUGUAGACAAAUAACUGGAGAAAUUGUAGCUCCAAAUAUUAAUGAAGUGCUUAUUCUUGUAAUAUAAAAUACAUUGUUUGGAAUAAAAUUUCUUUUAAUCAA